AUGGAGUUCAGCAGCAGAGCGCGGCAGCGGCACCUGAGGCUGGCGGGGGACAAGCGGGAGCCGUACCCCCACAGCCUGCAGUUCUACCAGGAGCCCCCCACCGAGACCAUCUCUCUGAACGAGUUCGAGAGCUUCGCUGUCGACCGCCUGAGGCUGCUCAAGGUAGUUGAAAACCUUGGUGUGAGCUAUGUAAAAAGUGGUGAUGCGUACAAAAGUAAGCUGGAGGCUGAGCUCCGGAAACUUAAGUUUCCCUACAGAGCUUUGGCUGAAGAUGAUUAUGAUGCAAGAAGAAAGGACCAUAUUUCUCAUUUCAUACUGCGCCUUGCUUACUGUCAGUCUGAGGAACUCAGACGUUGGUUUCUUCAACAAGAAAUGGAUCUAUUUCGAUACCGCUUCAAUGAACUGACUGACAGCCUGAGGCAGAAAUUCCUGGAUCAUGUUAACUUAUCGUUUGAAGCUAUUAGUGAUGACCUGAAAAAUGAAUUGGCAAAUGAGCUGUAUAUGUCAACUCCUGGCCUCAGUAUGACUAAAGUAAAAGAGCAAAUGUUCUAUAAGGUUGGACUGGCAGAUGCUGUUGAUCUUUUUAGAGCAAGAAGAGUGUUUAUUAAAGAUGGCUUUGCGUUUGUGCCACUUAAGGACCUUGAUGCUCUUGUUUUGAAUAACUAUAGAAAAACCUUAUCUAAAGCACUGGCGCUGACAGCACGAUCGCUGCCUUCCGUACAGUCUGAUGAGAGACUACAACCACUGCUUAAUCAUCUCAGCCAUUCUUACAUUGGCCCAGAUUACAGCGUACAGAAAAACACUGGAAAAAUUUCUCUAGAGCACAUUGAUGCUCUUUCUGUGAAAUCGUUCCCUCUUUGCAUGCGCCAGUUGCACAAAGCCCUACGUGAGAACCAUCACCUCCGUCACGGAGGCCGUAUGCAAUAUGGACUUUUCUUAAAAGGCAUUGGUUUGACUCUAGAACAGGCACUGGAAUUCUGGAAGAAGGAAUUUAUCAGAGGAAAAGUGGAUGCAGACAAGUUUGACAAAGGAUAUGCGUACAGCAUUCGCCACAACUAUGGGAAAGAAGGAAAGAGAACUGACUAUACUCCAUACAGCUGCAUGAAGAUUAUCAUGUCCAAUCCACCAAGUCAAGGGGAUUAUCAUGGUUGCCCAUUCCGCCACAGCGAUCCUGAGCUAUUGAAGCAGAAGCUGCAGUCGUACAAGGUUCCUCCCAGUGGAGUAACACAGCUCCUGGAAUUGGUGAAAGGCAUGCAUUACCAGCUGGCCUGUCAGAAGUACUUUGAACUGACACAUGAUGUUGAUGACGUUGGAUUUUCUUUGAAUCACCCAAAUCAGUAUUUUGCAGAAAGUCAAAGGAUAUUAAGUGGUGGUAAAGAAGUGAAGAAGGAACCGAGUCAUUUGGGGAACUCUCAACAAAAAAAUAACAGUCAGGAAAGUGUGAAUUCAAACUCUGCUUCCACCUCUUCCAGUAUGACUACGGAUGCAGAGCUGGAGGGUCUGGAGGCAUACUUCACUGAAGACUAAGCACUUGUGGUAGCUUUUUCCUUUUCCUACUCUGAAUUCAGCCUUUUACUAAGGAACAUGCACUUCACUACCUAGAAGACACAAGCAUUCAGCAAUUUGAAUAGGCUGAUGGAAAAAGAAGAAUGAUGCUGAAGCUGUAAUCAUGUGCAGUGCUUACUGUUGUUGCUGUAGAAUACUAUUGCGUAGGGCAUCUUGAAAGAUGGAAAAUGAAAAUUCCUUCCUGUUUCUUAGGUGACUUUUGCCUGACUUGCCUUUUUUGAUUUUGUUUAAGAUGUUUAAUUAUUUUAUCCUAUUCUGUAGUCUUUUUUGGUAUAUUAUUAAUAAAUAAAUUGCAAGAUUAAAAAUGUCAGUAUUUUAUUUUUAGCUGUAUUUAUAAGGUAAUUAAGUGGGACUUCUUCCUUGUGAUCUAAACCACCUUCUGAAGGAGUGAACUCAUUUUCUACACAAGCUGAAGGAAAUCAGCUUCCUAAUAAUUCAUGUACCUUAGCACUGAAUUGCGAGAGCCUGUUAAUGGUGCUUGAAAUAGAACCUAGUUAGGAUGUGAAUGUAACCUGCAUAGUUGUAUUAUGCUAGAGGUUUUAUUCUGUGCAACAGCUGACUGAUUCAGACUAUAAAUGGUGUAGUUGAAAAACUAAUGUUUUUUUAUUAAUAUUAAGAUUUUGGAUAAACCUUUAGUCUCUGCAUCUUAUAUGUUUUAUGUUCAUUUAAGGGCAUGUAACUUGCACAUACCUGGUGCAACACUGAGCAUUAGAAAGGAAAUAUAUCCUUUGUUAUAAGAUGAUAAUUGGCUAUUAGGGUUCACUGUUCCUUAUAUUAUUCCUAAUUUAAUUAGCGACUGCUCUGUGUAAACUACCAGCAUCUUACUCCUUGAAUACAGUAUAUUCAAAGUUGUUGUAGAAAUCCAUCCUGAAAACGGCUGCACUCCAGAUACUGAAGAUUGAAGCAGCACUCCACUGAUGUGUGGGAGUAUUGGACUCCAUUGGUUGUGUUAGAUGGUGAAAGAUUUUCACCUGAAGGUUUUGAAGUGCCUUUGUAAGUGGUAACAGUGCUCACAUUUUGAAUUUAUUCUGCCUUAACUCUCCUAAAUGAUGACGCUGUCACUUCAAUCAUAUGGCAAUUAAAACUCUUAGCAGUUUCUUUGUGGUCUUUACCUUUACUCUGAAAUCUGUUAUGUUGGGAAUAGGGGCUCCCCGUUUAUACAUCUUCAUUGAUUGUUAGGUAAGUAGAGUACAGUUAUAUUUAGGAAUUAUAUAUUUAGGAAUUCAAACAUAGAAUUUAAAUUGGCCUGUGUUACAGGGAAGAAUAUAACCUCAAAAUUCUUGUGUUAAGUGGAAAAAUCUUAAUCCGAAAUGCAGCGAACCUGUAUUUGACAAAGCCAGUGUCCUUCACUGGUUUACACCACCGCUGGUUUACAUCUCAGUUCAGAUGACUUUGAACUGUGUUUCUGUCCCUUUAAUUACCUGCCAGGUGCAUUGUAAUAAAAAUAUGUAAUAGCAAUACAUACAAAUUAGUGCAGACAGUUACAAGUAGCUUCCAAAAUUAUGUAGAUAAUUAGUAUGUAAGCAAAAUGUAAUGUUUAUCUUUUUUUGUGCCGUUCAAAGACAAUUUAAGGCAAUUUAUUUUCAAAUUUCUUACAUUUUUACCAUCUUGAGUCUGAAAGCAGAAUUUGAUUAUUGGUAAAAACCCACAGUGAGAUUCUUCCAUCUCAGCAGCUGGACACCGAAGAGUUAUUUGUCUUGCAGAGCUUUUGAACACUUACUGCCAUGUAAUUUGAAUAAGAAUCACUUGUUCCCUGAUUGUAGAGCUUUUUGAGAUUGGAAAGGCAAAAUGAGUAAGAACAUGUAAAUCAGUCACUUGAAAGAAGCUUUUCCUGCAUUGUUGUAAUGCUAUUUCAAAAUUACGUCUAGUUAAGAGACAAAGAUUUUUUUGAAAACCAAGUGAGUCUGAUGUGAUCAUGCAGUAGUCAAGAGAGAAGAACAAAAGAAACAAACUCUACUCUUUUACAACUUGACAAGAAGAUGUAUUUAUAAAGUAAAAGGCUGCAGAUAGAUCUGUUUGCAAACAUCAGCUCUCUCAGCUCUCCUUCCAAGUGGCUCUUUAAACUACUGUUAUAUUUUGCAACAUCAAGAAGCUCAAACUUUGACAGUGUGAAACUGUUCUGAACAAGACACUCGUGUAUUCUGAGUCAGCAAAGAUGGUAUUAAG